AUGUCUACCACAAGAACAGGGACUGCUCCAGAGCAGAAGGUGACCAAGAGAUCAGGCAACGUUGCCUCGUUUAAGGACUCGCUCUCCGCGAUCGAUACUUACGGUAACGAGUACAAGGCCCCCACGUACGGUAUCAAUGAUGUUCUCAAGGCCAUUCCAAAGGAAUGUUUCCAAAGGCGUUUGACAACUUCAUUCUACUAUGUAUUUAGAGAUAUUGCUGUGGUGGCCUCCAUGAUGUAUGUUGCCAACACCUUCAUUCCUCUGAUAAGCAAUGUCUAUCUACGUGGAAUCGGUUGGACAGCAUAUGCGAUUACUUUGUCGCUUCCUUACACUGGUCUGUGGGUUUUGGCACAUGAGUGUGGUCACCAGGCCUUCAGUGAUUACGGCUGGGUCAAUGACUCUGUCGGAUGGGUUCUUCAUUCGUACCUCAUGGUGCCAUUUUUCUCCUGGAAAUUCACCCACGGAAGACAUCACAAAGCUACUGGAAACCUCGCCAAGGACACGGUAUUUUUGCCCCGUACCAAGCAGGAAUUUAUCAACAUGCACGGAGCCACCAGCUUGAACGAUGUGGUUUCCGACACUCCUGCAUAUGCUCUUUACCAUCUCAUUCUUCAGCAGUUUGGAGGCUGGUGGGCCCACCUUUUCACGAACGUGACUGGCCAGAAGUUCGAGGGCCAGACCACUUUCAACGUGAACCAUUUUAAGCCUUCUGCGCCAAUUUUCGAGUCAAAGGAGUACUGGUACGUGGUUCUGUCGGAUGUUGGUAUUCUCUCGAUGCUCACCGUGACCUACUUCUGGUAUCAAACCUUUGGAGGCUUCAACCUGUUCAUCAAUUGGUUUUUGCCAUAUGUCUUCUGCAACCACUGGCUCGUGUUCAUCACCUUUUUGCAACACACUGACCCAGUCUUGCCCCACUACGAGGCUUCUGCCUGGAGCUUUUCCCGUGGUGCUGCUUGCACCAUCGACCGUGAGUUUGGCUUUGUCGGAACGUUUUUCCUGCACGACAUUAUCGAGACCCAUGUUCUCCACCAUUUCGUGUCGCGUAUUCCCUUUUAUAACGCCAGACCUGCUUCUGAGGCCAUAAAGCCAGUUUUGGGCGAUAGCUACAAGCACUCUGACGAGAACAUGUGGGUUUCUCUCUGGAAGAGCGCCCGUACUUGUCAGUUUGUCGAUGGCGAUGAGAUGAAAAUGUUUAGAAAUGUGAACGGGUACGGAGUCAAGCCAACUGCUUAG